UAAAGCUCUGAUCUCUUUCUGAGUUUGCCAGAUGGAUGGAUACUCUCAUAUCCAUUCUGCUACUAAUGGCCCCGUGAGGUGAGCCUUGGAUGCAAGGCUGACAGGUAACAAAUUCCCUCACAAAAAGAGCUUGGAGAAGAAUGAGUGGACCAGGAGAGGAUAAAGUGGUGUGUGUGACUGGAGCUUCGGGUUACAUAGCUUCAUGGCUGGUCAAGCAGCUACUUGGCCGGGGUUAUACAGUUAAAGCUUCUGUUCGAGAUGCCAAUGAUCCAAGAAAGACGGAACAUUUGACGUCACUUGAUGGAGCCAAGGAGAGACUGAAGUUGUUUCAGGCGAACUUACUUGAUGAUGGAUCCUUUGACGAAAUAGUUCAAGGAUGUACUGGCGUUUUUCAUACCGCUUCUCCUGUUAUUUUUUCGGUUAGCGAUCCGAAGAAAGAAUUACUAGACCCUGCAGUAAAGGGAACACUGAACCUGCUUCAAUCAUGUGCAAAAGUUUCAUCUAUCAGAAGAGUAAUCCUGACAUCUUCUACGGCUGCAGUUCUGGCAAAACCAGAGCUAAAUAAAGAUUCAUUUGUUGACGAAAGUUGGUUUUCUAACCCAUCAUACUGUGAGGAGCAAAAGAUGUGGUAUCAACUGUCAAAAACUUUAGCAGAGGAUGCUGCUUGGAAAUUCUCAAAGGAGCAUGGCAUUGACAUGGUUUCAAUCAAUCCAGGAUGGGUCUUUGGUCCCAUUUUGCAGCCUUCUAUCAAUCUAAGUGCAGGAUUGGUCCUGGAUGUAGUAAAUGGGGCUCAAUCAUUUCCUGAUGCAUGUGUUGGAUGGAUUGAUGUUAGAGAUGUUGCCUGUGCACAUAUUCAUGCCUUUGAAAUCCCUUCUGCUAAUGGAAGAUAUUGUGUAGUUGGGAAAAAUGUGCACUGGUCCGAGAUCGUCAAGAUUCUGAGGCAACUUUUCCCUACUCUCCAACUUCCAAAUAAAGGUUCUCCUAAUAGCACCUUCGGUAUGGGAGAAUUCGAAGUGUCGAUGGAGAAAACAGAAGGUUUGGGAAUCAAUUUCAUUCCAUUGGAAGUGAGCCUGAAGGACACUGUUGAAAGUUUCAAGGAGAAGAAUUUUAUUACUUUUUAAAUCAAGAACGGUUUAAUUUUGUAAGAAUUUGUAUUCCUAAAAGAAUUAUAAAGAUUAUUCAUUAUAGUUCAUAGAGUUGUAUAAUCAAAAAAAUUAUUCAAUGUUCGUACCAUCUGUUGUAUC